UGUGGACGGUGGUGCCACCUGAUGGCGGACCGCGACAGCGGACGUGUGCACCAGCUCAUAGUACCCACUGGGGUACACCUUAUUUACGGGGUCAUGGCAGGGUUUAUACACCAACCUGCACAAUAACUGCUCCGCAAAUACUAAAGCGGCAACAGCAAUCUCAAUUUAUAUUGUCUUAUCAUUCAUUAUCGAGUCUUUGUUAGUCUACGGUGACCGGUCGGUGAGAUGAUCGCCAUUUCCUAGAAUAACCGAGUUUGAGUUUGCCCGGGCGGGAAGUCUAUGCCAUGGCUCUCAUAGGCCUAAGUGUAGUGAGCAAAGGGACUCCAUUAGGCCUGUGAGUAAAGUGCCAGGUAUGCCCUCAGUUCAGGUCCCGUUCUAGUAGAGUGCAAUGUAGGACCCUGCACUAGAAAUGGAGAAUACAGACGUGUCUAGCUACUUCAACGAUGUUUUUCUGCCGAAGAAACACUAUAAAACUUAUGAAGAAUUAGAACAUAAUCUAAAGAAGUUUCAGGUGUUGUCUGGGACAGUUCUACGGAUCAAGAAUUCAUCGUCGGUUGAAUACGAGAACAAGAGAAAGAACAUUCAAAUACCUGUUUGUAUAAAGUACUUCACUGUGACAUACAGUUGUGUUCACUACGGUAACUACCGGAGCAAAGGCAAGGGUGUGCGGCCAAACCGAGGGUACCUUGCUUGUGGCUGUGAGUUCUUAAUAUCAGCAAAAUAUAGUGACAAGCUCAACGGCUUAUUCAUCAGCAAGAAGAACUUGAUACACAACCACAAACUCAAUGUCAAAACAGCACAUCUCUAUGCUAGGAACAGGUGUCUCAAUUCUCAGCAGCUGCAAGAGGUCAGCGAUAUUCUCAGAAUGAAUCCAAGUAAUAAGGAGCUCCAAGCUUUCCUACAUAACAAAUUUGGAAAAGCUGUAACUCUGAGAGACUGUGUGAAUCUAAAGGCUAGGGUAAAGGCAUCCCCAAACCAAGCAAUAGACAUCUCCAGGUUCCAGGAUAGCAGAGUGAUGGUGACAUCAGAACAAACAGAAGAUGAUAACACAAGAGCUCUGAACAGUAGGUUGUAUGCAUCUCUAGGCCAAGUAAUAGAUGUCAUCACAUCCCAGAACAGUAGGGUGAAUAUUUCCCCAGACAAUGCAGCAGAAGACGUCACUUGGUCCCAGAGUAUUGGCGUGAAGAUGUCACCCGACCAUGCAGCAGAAGACACCUCUAGGUUCCAGCAAUAUUGUAUGGAAACACCUGCAGACCAAGAGAUAGAAGACAACACCAGGUUCCAGAACAUCAAGGUGAAGAUGUCCCCAGACUAUGCAGCAGAAGACACCACUAGGUUCCAGCAAUAUAAUGUAGAAACAUUCCAAGACCAAGAAAUAGAAGACACCACCGGGUUUCAAAACAAUAGGGUGAAGUUUUCCCCAGAUCAUGCAGCACAAGACAUCACCAGGUUCCAGAACAGUAGGGCGAAGAUGUCCCCAGACCGUGCAAUAGAAGAAGUCACUAGGUUCCGGCAGUAUAGUAUAGAAACGUCCCUAAAUCAAAAGAUAAAAGACAUCACCAGGUUCCAGAGUAUUACGGUGAAGAUGCCCCCAGACCGUGCAACAGAAGAUGUCACAAGGUUCCAAAAAUUUAAUAUGAAAGCCCCAGACCAAGCAGUAGAAGAUGGCACAAGGUCCCUGAACUGCAUUGUGAAAGUGUCAACAGAUGAAGAUAAAACCAGGUUCUUGUAUUGUAGGGAGCAGGCAUCCCCAGACCAUGCAAUAGAAGAUAGCACAAGGUCCCUGAACUAUAGUGUGAAAGUGUCACCAGAUCAACCUGGAGAAGAUGAUAGCAAGUCCCUGAACAGCAGGGAGCAGGCAUCCUCAGACCAAGCAGUGGAAGAUGUCACAAGGCCCCUGAACUGCAGUGUGAAAAUUUCCCAAGGGCAAGAAAUAGAAGACAUUACCAGAUCCAUGAACAAUAGGGUGAAGCCAUCUCCAGAUCAAGUCAUAGAUGAUGUUCCCAAGUCCCUGAAUAGCAGGGUGAAUGAGUUUCUAGGUGAAGCAAAUGAAGACGUUAUCUUGGAAUUUACAGAUGUGUCUAAUUACUUUAAUGAUAUUUUCCAAGCUAAAACGCACUAUAAAACUUAUGAAGAAUUAGAACAAGAUCUAAAGAAGUUCCAGGCAAUGUCUGGAACAGUUCUUCGUAUCAAGAACUCAUCGUCAGUGGAAUAUGAAAGCAGGAGAAGGAACUUGCCAGUGCCUGUUUGUAUAAAGUAUUUUUCUGUCACCUACAGCUGUGUUCGUUAUGGUGAACACCAUAGCAAAAGCAGGGGUAUAAGACCAAACCGAAGGUACCUCGCUUGUGGCUGCGAGUUCAUAAUCUCGGCAAAAUACAGUGACAAAUUAAAUGGCUUGUUUAUCACCAAGAAGAAUUUGAUACACAACCACAAGCUCAAUGACAAAACAGCACAUCUUUAUGUUAAGAACCGGUGUCUUAAUGCUCAGCAGCUGCAAGAGGUCGGCGAUAUCCUCCUAACAUAUCCAAGCAACAAAGAACUUCAGGCUUUUUUGUGCAAGAAAUUUGGGAAAUCCUUAACUUUAAGAGAUUGUGUAAACCUGAAGGCCAAGGUGAAGGCAUCCUUAGGCCAAGCAAUAAACAUUAGAUCUCAGAGCGAUAAGGUAUUGGUGACCUCAGGACAAGCAAUAAAAGAUGACAGAUCAUUGAACAGUAGGGUGAAUGUACUCCCAGGCCAAGCGAUAGAUGAUGAUUGCUCCAUGAGCUGUAAAGUGAAGGCAUCCCCAGACCAAGCAGUUGAAAACAUUACCAAGUCCUUGAAUAGUGAGAUGGAGUCUCAGCAAAUUGAUCUUCCACUGACAGAAAUGGUCAUUGUCAAUCACAAGGUCUGCGUGUCAGAUGUAACUGCCAAACAAUCUAACAUCCAACGUAAUUCUUAUCUUAUGGCCAGAAACCUGACAGACAGACUAAAUUUGAUCAUGACAUCAUCCAAAUUAGCGACUUUACAGAAGCGCAUGAAAUUUGUAGCCGCAUUGAUUGAAGCUUGGGAACGAGAUGCAGAAGUCUCAAUUGUGGUCCGUAAUGAUGGCAAUGCUGCAGUGGUCCGGCAAUCUAGUCAACACCACCAAGAGCCCAUUGAAUUUGAUGCAGCAUCAGAAAGCAUUAUUGCAGAGCCUCACGAGCCCAGCCAGUGUUCUUGUGAUAAUGCUCUUCCAGAUGCUUACUUUCCCCUGGUAAUGUUGACGGAGGAAACUGAGGCGUGCAGUUGUGAUGACGUGGAUGGCAAUGACCUGGCAAUAUCCAGGAGUAAGCUUCAAGAGAAUGAGAAAGUUAAAAAAAGAUACACUCACAUGGAAGUCCUUAGAUCUCUCAAUCCUAAGCUACGGACCAUAAAAAGACAUGGAAGACCGAGAAAGAAAAGAAGCUUGAGCAGAUUCACGAAGUGGCACGCAUCACACAAAAAAGAGAGGGAAGAGUAUUAGAUUCAGAUUAACAGCUGUAAAAAGAAUAAUUAAAAUUCACUAAGACAGUA